AUGCAACUUGAGUUUUUUGCUCUUGAGAAUGGGAUGGCUCUUGAGUUUUUUGCUCCAAAGAUUGUGGAAGGAAAGCCGAUUGCUGAAAUUAAACCUGAAGACAUCAUUGGUGAGCUUAAAUAUUGGGAAUCUGCUUUGAUUAUGUAUGUCAUAGGGAGAGAUCUUAGUAUGAAUUCUGUUAAGCAAUUCAUGGAAAAGAAUUGGAGUUUUGUGAAAUUGCCAGAUCUGUUCUAUAAUGAUGAAGGAUACUUCAUUAUGCGUUUCCAUUCUUCCCAGGACAAGGAUGAAAUUUUAUCGAAGGGUCCUUACACAAUUAUGAACAUGACUAUGCUCCUUAAAGAUUGGUCCCCUGAGUUUAAUCUCAAGAGAGACAUGCUGAGAACAAUCCCUAUCUGGAUUAAGCUUCCUCAAUUACCUUUAUACCUUUGGGGUGCGAAAACCAUGGGGAAAAUUGGUAGUAUACUGGGAAAACCGAUAGUUACAGAUGAAUGCACAGCUCAAAGGCUGAGAAUCUCUUAUGCUAGAAUGUUAGUGGAGAUUGAUAUCACCCAAGAAAUGCCAAAGGAAGUCACUAUUGCUGAUAAUGAAGGGCAUGAGUUAAUUCAAGCUGUGGAGUAUGAAUGGAAACCAAAGUACUGUGGAAAGUGUAAAAAGUUUGGACAUGUGUGUGAAAAACCUAAAGUCAGAAAAGAGAAAGUUUGGGUACCAAAACCUACUCUGAAAAGUAAUGAGCAAGAGGAAGGGGGGCCUAGCAAUAAGGAGACAUAG